AUGACUACUUGGCUGGCAACAUCAGCCGCCAAAAUCCAGUCCAUUGACCACUUGUUGAUCAAGAACGCACGUCUCAAGGGACAAGCUCGCGCUGCAGCCCGACAAAACGGAGUGAGCGAAGUGCCUCUAAACGCAUUCAAGACCUUGGUCGACAUCCUUGCGAGGGCUAAGAUCACUCUGCCGACCGAUAUCGAAGCUAUCUUGUGGAGUGUAAUCACCGCUCGCAAAGAAUGUGCAGGGUUCUACCGAGCGAAACCAGAGCGAGAAGCUGGUGGUGACAUUGAUGAUGAAGGCCAUCAGUUCUUCAUCGAUAUCCUCGAUUACUAUUACCACACGCUUAAAGCGCCGACAGCAGGCAAGACCAAGGAAGAACGCGAGAAAGGAGCAUCUACGAAUAGUCGCACAUCCAACUUCUUCGAACACCUCAAUCUGGCUCAAGAGCAUGCUGAGCCAUCGGGCUACGUGCCUUCGGUACCGACAGACAUGCAGAGCCGAAGCUACCGUAUCAAGGAGUCCGCCAACCGAAAGAGUGAAAAGGCCUUUGCGCUUUUCUGUUUCCUCAAAGAUAUGACAGCAAUUCGUUUAUUUGUCCACAAAACCUGGCGCGGAUACAAGGAACGUAGCCUGGCGCUCACCACAGCAGCGACUACCGCCAAUGUCGCAGUUGACAUCUUGCGACGGGUGAACGAGGCCUUCCUCAAAGACUUUCCAGAAUUCGAAAGCCACCACAAAGUGAUCAAGUUCCUUGAGAGCUUCGAAGAACAAGGUACCAGCGGCAUCACCCGGAAAGACGAGAUGGGCUGGUACGAUCUCGAUGACUUCAAACUGUCACCGCAAACCUUCGUCUGCAAAGAUACUUAUAACGUAUAUUUCCGAGACCAUCUCUUCGAUCACGACGGCAAGAAGGAAGUGAUGGUAGAUUAUCACUCUGGCAGGAAAACUGCCAGAACCGAGCAGACUCACAUGAGAAGGUGCCUUAGCGUCUUCUUGAGCCUCUCUAGGUCAGCCGAUGUGGGUGCAUUCACACGAGACCAUGAUAUCCUAGCUCGCGCAAUUCACACAAUCGAUGAGGAGCAAAAAGCAAGCACUUGGAUCAUAUUCGCACUCCAGAUGUUCGUCGACAUGCACCGUGAGCUUGGUGCGGAAGUGCCUCGUGCGCAUAGGGAUCUCCUGGAUGGUAACGCAAGAAUGAGUGGCGCAUUGAGACGGUACAUCGACUUUGCCGAAAACCACGACGGCGAAUGGGGCCGUUAUCUGCACACACAACUAGCCUCCUCAUGGAAUCGCCUUCUUGAGACUCUUGAAAGGGUUGACCAUGUCAGCGACACGUUCAAGAUGCACAAUUCAUGGCUCGGGGGAGGAACUUUGGUGGAUGGCCCGUUCUACCUCGAGAACCAACCAACCUAUGCUGGAUGCACACUAGAGCGUCAUAAGGAAGGUGUGCAUCUGUUCGGUGUUGAGGCUGCAAGACAUUCCGAGCAACUCUUGUUCGCCUGCCACAUCUACAAUGCCGGACUCAAGAACGGGCUGCUGCGACGGUGGCCUGACAUGGAAUAUCUGAUUGCCAAGCAAACCGAGACGCAUAUCUUCCUAGGUACCCGUCCGGUUGGUUACGAAGAGUGCGAUAAGCGGCUACUUUUGAUGCGAGGCUUCAGUCCCAGUGUGCUUGCCAAGCACAAGCGCGCCGGCAGGCCAAUGUAUGAGUUGUUCGAGACGAUGGACACGAAGAAGAAUCUGGGCGGCCGCAAACUGGAAAUCUUCUCCGCUUUCGUUAGACAGGCUUCCGCUUUUGACGGCCUAAAGCGGGUGAUGCUGAAGACGGACGAGAAUGGCAUGAAUAAGAACGAGCCGAUCUGGCUUCUGGAGCGCGUGGUCCGACAUCGGUUGGAAGACAAAUCGAAGAAGUCAAAGCAUGGCAAGCGUCGCAAACAAGAACUCAGUCCUCUCCAGACACUUGAGACGUAUCGAGACGCCAUGAAGGAGGAUGAAUUCCUUCUCAAUUUCGACAUCAUGACGCUGGAUCUCAUCGCCAACAAGAUGAUCCAUGUCAUCAAAGCCUGGUUGCGAGACUUUGGGGACUUGAAAGCUAGCUCGGUUCCUGGAUCCAAAGUCAGUCUGAAAUGUAUCCGAGACAUCGCAAUGGCAUCUGCGAUGUUGUCCUCGGCGAACAAGAAGCCGGAGAUAUGGGACGUGCUCGAUCACAUCAUCAGUCGCGUCGGCAACAUGUGUUACCUGCGCGCAGAGGCCCAUCGCGGUACUGUGAACCUUCAGCCCCGCAACCCCGCAUACGAAGGCCAGUUUCUUCCUACUGCUGCUGUCUUUGGUGGCCCGAACUCGCCCGAGGUCCCUGAAGACUGGCAGAACAAGUGGGAUAUCGUCGCUGGGAAGGGGGCGUAUGACUACCAUGUCUCUACUACGGCGCUUUUGACAUCGGAGCAGAGGGCCAGGGACAAGGAGUCUCCCAAACGCAAGGCUACCGAUGAUGCGACAGUCAGUCGCAGUGCCCACACCGCCAAGAGAGUCGCGCAGGAGAACGCGAACUUCGGUACUCCAAGAGAGUGGCCAAUCGCGGCCAGGAAAGGAAUAAAGAAUGCGCUUGAAUCCUCUCUUCUAUCUGAUACCGGCCAACCGGACUCUGACGAAUCAGAUUCCGGUGACUCGGAUCUCGCCGAUUUCGAGGUUGACGGCGAUGGCUAUGAUGCGGCCAUGAAAGUGGAAGAAGAGCACGAAAAGCGCGUCGAGAGAGCGCAUAGACAUCUAGCGAUAAGACUCCAUCGAGAAGAGGAAGUGCAGGUUGGUGAUGUCCGAGGUGAAUGGGAUCUCUACUCUCCCAACUAUCUUGACCUCCACGAAGUCGACAACCGGGCGCUGAUAUACACUGGCCGGUUCAAUUUCCAUCAGUGGAAGACUGGGAAGCUUGUUGUUGGAGAGCAUAGUAACGACACCGCACUCUCUUCGAUGGAAGCCACCGCAAAGCUUUCCCUCACCGGCCUCAAGAACGAAUGGCACCUACCCCUCAACCUUCCCAAAGUCCCGGCUGUGGAGCUACAACCUCUGCAAGGCAUUCGGCAGAACUACGAAGGUGCUGGAAACCCAGAGGUUCGACUCGGCGUAUCCUUCUUAGGAAACGGGUAUUUGAAGAUCAGGAUACCAGGCAUAUACAUUGCUGGGAAGAAGGAAUGGAGAAGACAUCUUACCUUUUACGGCAUCAACCGCACGUGUCCGCCACGAGAGGUGGAGAGCCCUGAGCCGCUGCCACGACCUGAGUCACCGCCGCCGCCGGAGGGGUUCAGGUACGGCAAGAGAGGCAAUCUGGUUCGUAUAUCGAAGUCGCGAUCGAAGCCAGCGCCGCAACCAGCGCCCGCUGAGCCGCUAGAUGAUCCCGAUGAUGAGCUGGUGUCUUCGGAUGAGGAACUGAGGCGAAGGCUGCUCGAAGAGUUGGAUGAUAGCUUGUUCAUCAGCUGGCCGGACGACAACUAG